AUGUCGCACAAUAACCAGAGCUUUGGCUGGUCAGGUGCCCUCGUGGCGUUCAUGUUAGCUUCCGUAGCCCACGCCAACACCAUCAAAGUCAUGAUGCUCCACAACUCACAGCAGAGCAAUGCAGGUUGGAAAGAAGGCUUCUAUGAUUUCUUUGCACCAUUUCUCAAUGGACAGGGUGGAUUCACGAUGUCAGAUGGCAACACCUACACAUUGGAUACUAUCCUGUGUGAGGAAAGUUUGGACACGAAUGCUGUGGCCAAAGUUCAGGCAUGUGUGAACACCGCAGUGGCACAAAAUGUGGAUGCAAUCAUUGUGGGAACUUCCAGUUCCAAUGACGACAUCAAGACUGCUGCGGAGGCUGUUGGCAUUCCCAACAUUCAUUGCUCAGGUGGAAAUCCGAUGUCAUGGACGGCUGCGACACCUCAUGCCUUCGGAAUGCACUUGCCGUUUCCAUGGUACUCGCGUGGCCCAAUCCGCCAGGCUGCUUUGCUGAAUCUCAAGACUGUUGUCAUCAUGCGGAACUAUGAGCCCCUUGACCUUGAAGCGGACACAAUGCCAAGCUUCUAUGAGAUCGCUGAGAGUAAAGUCCAUGAGGUUGGCUUUGACCCACGCGCUGAGUUCAUCUCUCCGGGCAUUGUGGAGUUCAUCGAAGGUGUGAUAGAUGAUGUUCGCUCACAGGGGGCAGAUCCGGACAUGGUUGUCAACUGGCUCACAGCAGCGAGGACUGGCCAGUUUCCAAGCAUGGAAGGGACAGAAUCAAAACCAAAUCUACAAGCCUUCUUGAACCAGUUCAAGGGCAGAGUCCAAAUGAGAACCACGCGAAUGAAGAAGUUCGGCUACAAGAUGUACUUCGGUGGCCCCAACGGUGCUGGUACCGCAUGGUACGGCUAUGAAUCUUACUGGAACAAUGGCACGGCAGCUCUUGGAAAAGAUGAAGCCCUCUACAACACCGGUGGUGGGCAAUGGCACUACGAGAUGGGGUUCUCGGAUCCCUACUUUGGCACAACGGCGUCGAUGGUUUCUCAGUUUGAAACCCAGUUUGCAAAGGUUCCCAGCUAUGAUCAUGCCGCGUGCAUGGCCGCAGGCAUCUCCCUGAGCUUCGGCUUGCAGAAGUAUGGCCAGUCCUUGGUUGGUUUGAGCACGGCUCAAAGACGUGAGGAGGUCCGUGUCUCUGUCGGCACCCUGAACGAUGAGACCUUGUUCGGCAUGGUCCGCUUCAACCGCUUCAACCAGAACAAUGGCCGCAUGAGUGUGAAUUGGCAGGUCCUUGAAGAUGGAAACACAAGGUCUGCUGCCACGCAGUUCCGUUUUCCUAGUCCCAGUUGGGAUGCUCGUAUUGGCUGCCCAGCAGGCACCUAUGCUACUGGCUUGCUUCCUGUGCCUACUGAGUGCGUGGCUUGUCCUGAGGGCCGCGCGAGGUCUACAUUGAGCAUGGGGCUCAACUUUUCAGAGUGUGACCUUUGCCCGGAAGGCUAUGGAACUUUGCCGGGGCAAACUGGGCUUUUGGAAUGCCCUGCUUGUCCUGCGGGAAGGUACCAGAAUGGAAACUCCGAUCGGGGUGUUUGCAAUGCAUGCCCUUUGGGCACCUCGCGCGCUGCAAACAGCAUUGGCGGAUGUAUCCUGUGCGCUGCUCAGACCUACGCAGAUGUCACGGGUUUGGAGACUUGCAAGGCAUGUCCAAGCAAAAGCUCGCAGUCUGAUCUUGGUCAGACCUUCUGCUUUUGCGAUGUGGGAGCCUACAAAGAUCCUGCGGAUGUAACCCCCGUCGGCACGGUUUUGCCUUGCUUGGGCUGCGAGCAGGUGAUUCCAGGAAGUACCACUUUGUACCCGAACUCUCGCUACAGCCAUGAGUGUGUUUGCCCAGCCAAGACCUUUUGGCACAGGCCAGACCCAGCAAGCUCGGUUGCAUUCUGCAAGGAAUGUGGCUUGGGUUUGGUUUGCCUGGGAGGUCGCGAGAGUGCUGGCAACAAUGGCAGUGUGCCCAACCACCAAGCACCCUUGCAAGCUCAAAUGUAUGCCGCAGGUGCUCCGGCAUACAACGGUGGAGAUCCAAGCUACAUUGUCGAAUGCGGCAGCACCAACACAUGUCCAGGUGAUCUUGCUUUGGGGGACUGUCCGGGAAACAAUGUUGGCAUAGCCUGUGUAGACUGUGCUGCUGACCACUAUUCUGACAAUGGGCUGUGCUAUUCUUGUGCUGAUGCAGGCUUUGCGCUGGGGCCCCUUCUUGCAGCGUUGGCUCUAUUCCUCGUCGCUCUCGUCGGCCUCUACAAGUUUGCCACCAAAAUGGACAAGCCUCACAGGGACUCCAUGAUGACGGUGACGAUCGGAGCGGGAUUGGUCCUUGCAACUUUGCAAGCCCUUUCAGCAUUUAGCAAGGUGGAGGUGCAGUGGGUGGAGCCUUUGCAGACACUUCGGGGUAUUUUCUCAUUCCUCAUUUUCGACAUCAGCAUCCUUCGGCCUGGCUGCUUCCUGGGGACGAUGAACCCCUUGUUGAACUACCUUGGCUCGCUGUUGAUGUACCCCAUUGCGGCAACAGGAAUCAUGCUUUGUUUCGCUUUCGGGAAGUAUGUGCUGAAGAAGAACAUUACCCUCAACGAGGUGGUCAACGCGCAAGGUUUGAUCGUUUCGGCCGUGUACAUCGCCCUCACAUCGCUGGCUGUGAGACCAUUCCAAUGUGUGGGAAACCCUGAUGGCACCUCCUCCAUGACGGCCUAUCGUAAUGUGAUUUGCUGGCGUGAUGCCGGGCAUUCUUGGAUGGUGGCACUUUCCUUUUUGCCCUUCUUUGGAGGUGUUUGCACCUUUAUGGCAUUGGUGAUUUGGGCUGUGAUCCAAUAUCCUGUCAAGGUCUCCAGUCCGAACGGGGUGAAAUUUGUGAAGCGGUACAAGUUUAUAUUCAGCCGCUUUUCACCAGAUGCCUACUACUUCGCACUGGUUCUCAACUUCCGAAACUUUCUCAUUGGUAUCUUACCAGUCUUGCUGGUUGCAUACAACGAGCUCCAAUUCCUGUCGCUUACGUUGGUUAUUGCAGUCUAUGCCCUUCUUCAAGCACGAAUGUGGCCUUGGCGUACUUUGAUCUCAAACUUGAUGGAUGCAUGCCUGGCAUUGUUCUUGGGGACGACCGUCGUCUCCGUCAUUUUGAUGAUUGGCACGGUCGUGGCCUUUGUUGGCUUGGUCGUGGCAUUUUCGUUUGCUGCAUACCGCACCUACCGGCCAUCUCGCACCUACGGCAUCUUCCUCAGCCACCAUAAACUUGGUGCCGCUGUUCUAUCGCGGUGGUUUAAGAUGCUUUUGGGUGAGCACACGACCAGUAAGAUUUUCCUGGACUCAGAUGAUGUGAGCAAGUUGGAUGCGAUUAUCGACGUCACCGCCUGGGAUUGCGAGAAUGUGGUCGUUUUGAUAACCCAGGAGACCCUGAAGCGCAUGUGGUGUGCUGCACUUGAUCGCAAAGGGGCCAACGGGGAGUUGCACCAGAAGGUGGCAAAGGACGUAAUCGCUCAAUGCAAGGGCUUGUCCACCAACAUGCUUUCCAGAUUGGCGAUGGGACUGAAGCGAGCCGAUUCCGGUCUCUCCACCAGCACCUUGUUGAUGCUGGGUGACCUGGUUACACCUGAAGCAGGUAGCUGCUGCCGAGUGAUUCAAUCACUCUUACAAUCCAAGCUUCAGGAGCCGGUGCACGUGGUGGACCCUACUGAAGCCAUCAAGGACUUGGAUGCUGCUGCUACGCAGAUGGGAAGUGCAAAAGUCAUUUUGGUGAUUUUGACCCAGGGAGUCCUUCACGAGCCCACCUUCGCCGGGACGGUGGCAGCCUGCCCUGAAGGAGCUCGGGCCAACUUCGUUCCCAUCAAGGCAGAUGAGUCCUUCAUCUAUCCGGACCCCACUUUCUGGGAGAAUCUGGCAGAUGGCAAGAUCUUCUCCGAGAAGACACUCGAUGGUUUUGACACGGACUUUGAAGGUGUGCGAGCUGCUUAUGCCAGGCUCUUCAACGUUUUGGCACUAAAGUUCACCUCACAUGGAAGUGAAAGCAUCCAAGGCACCGAAAUCCAAGUGAUGACUGGACGCCUGGCACCCAUGAUCGAUGAUGCAAGUGCCAAAACCGACUCCGUGAGACCAGUCAGGAGUGGCAAAGCAGACCCCUCGGGCAAAGGCAACGUGGAUAGUCUCGAACAUGUGCUCAAGGAGCCGAUCAGCGAGGCUACCCUUUGA